AUGGCCGACGACGCUGGUACUGCCGGAGAGGCUCCCAUUACCUUCAUCGUCAAGACCUCAACGGAUAAGAAAUACACGAUGACCCUUCCGCUGUCCACUCUGGUUUCAGACUUGAAGCAGAAACUCGAAACGGCCGAGCCAGACAAGUCUGACAAAUCUGAUGACUCCAAGAGCAUCCCGGCCGAUCGUCAACGUCUGAUUUACUCCGGCCGGAUCUUGAAGGAUAACGAGACUCUAGAAUCUUACAAGAUUAAGGAUGGACACACUAUUCACCUGGUUGGCAAUGCCAACAGCAACCAGCGUGCAAAUGCUGGAGCUACAUCUACGUCGGGGGCAGCCUCUGCUACGGGAACCCCGACUCCUCCUGCCGCUGCCGGUGUUCCUACAAACUUGGCCGCCGGUACAGGUAACAACCCCCUCGCGGGGCUGACUGGAGCUCGAUAUGCCGGGUUUGCCCAGCUUCCCGGGGCUGGUCUCUUUGGCCCUGAUGGUGGGAUGGGACCUCCUCCCGACAGUGAAACCAUGCUGAACAUGCUCGAAAACCCUCAAUUCCAGUCUACUCUCAACGAGGCCCUUCAGAACCCCGCGAUGAUCGACAUGAUGAUCCAACAGAACCCUAUGCUCCGCGAUAUUGGACCUGGGGCGCGCCAGAUUUUCCAAAGUCCCGAAUUCCGCCGUAUGCUGACGGAUCCCCAACAAAUUCGUCAGAUGAUGCAGAUGCAGCGGAUGAUGGGCGAUAUGGGAGGUGGUGGCGCCGGCGCCGGCGCCUUCCCCGCUCCCGGCGUGACGAACACAACCGCUGGCGAGAACCCACCCCAACAGCAAAAUCCCGCAGCCAAUCCGUUUGCGCAGAACCCUGCUGGAAACCCUUUCGCCGCUCUCUUCGGCGGCAACGCGAACCCAUUCGCCAACCCCCUCGCACAGCCAUCGGCCAAUACUGAUCCUGCGAACGCCCAGAAUCAGGGCGACCAGUCCACAGAUCGAGGCACUACUGGAGAAGGGCAGACUCCCGAGGCUGCUCAGAACCCGUUCGCCUCUUUGUUCAACCCGGCCAUGUUUGGUGGUGCCGGACUGGGUGGACAGGGCGGCGGCAUGAACCCGUUCAUGAACCGUGAUCCAGCCAUGAUGGCUCAGCUGCUUCAGGGGCUAGGAAACGGAAACGCAGAGGGUGGUGGUGCCGGCGCGAAUGCGUGGGCAAAUAUGCUUGGCCUUGGAGGUGCUGGCGCGUCACAACAGCCCCCUGACAACCGUCCCCCAGAGGAGCGUUAUGCCGAACAACUUCGUCAAUUGAACGACAUGGGCUUUUUUGAAUUUGAACGCAACAUUGAAGCAUUGCGACGAUCGGGUGGCAGUGUACAAGGGGCAAUUGAGCACCUCCUGAACACCUCGUCAUGA